UUCGAUAUAAAACAGCGCGUAGGGCGUCAACAGUCAGUGUUGUCUCAACAUCAUCCAGGCACCAUGGCUUGCAAAAUCGCUCUCUUCACCGCCGCCCUCUUCCUCAUCCUCGCGCUGUCUCACGCAGCGCCAGCUGAAGACAAACCAGUAGAAACCUUAAAUGUCGAAGCUGAGAAGGAUGACCUAGAAACUGCAGACAAAGAUGACCUUAAAACUGCAGCCUCACAUUGGGGCGGGCAUUGGGGUGGCUACGGCGGCCAUUAUGGACAUUUCGGCUACCCAUCCUACUACGGCUACGGUUGGGGCUACCCUAGCUAUGGUUAUGGCUACUGGCCCUAUGGCGGCAUCUAUGGUCACGGAUACGGCGGCUAUGGACAUUACGGAUGGUGGUAGGACUAUUAUAGAUAUCGAUUCUAAUGCCAGUAUUAACUCUAAGGAAAACGUUCGAAAUGCGAGUAACUAAGUUGAGAUUGAUAGAUUUAUUUCAUAUAUAAUAAAAUAUUUACAUAUAUGUACUUGUAAAAGAUAUUUGUAAUAUACCACACUCGAUGUUUUUGUACACUGUAGUAUAUUUAAAUUUUAUUUUUCUGUUUAAAUCAAGGUUUAUAAUAACAUCGAAGCUUGUAAGUAUCGUGUGUGGGCAAUCUCAUAACUUGCCGGUAAUUGUGUAUAAUAUUAUGUUAAGGUUCAACUAGCGUACAUUGACAAUAUUUUGUGAAUUUUAUUUUCGUAAUUUCUUAUUCAUACAUACAUAAAAUGUAAGAGAAUAUUGUAUUACUGUAUAAAAAUCUGGAGUUGGAUAACCACAAACAAAAGAUAAUUUCUUCUUUAAAACCAAAGAACUACACUGUAGUAUUUACUUAUGUAUGUAAUUUACUAAUGUUGUAUAUUUGAAUAAAUAUAAAAUAUACAGUUACAUAUCACUAUAUCUAUGUCAACAGUUAAUCUAUUUGGAUAUUCCGGAGGUGUAUGUAAGGAUGGUAUAGUAACGACAAUGUUUUGAUUUUACCGUUUUGUAAUUCAUGGUGAUAUUGUUUGCAAAUUAUGGUAAAUAUAUUUUAUGUUUAAACUACUGCAAUGUAUAUAUUUUUAUAUGUAAAUGAAAAUAAAAUUCGCGAACGUGUCGUAGAAUUAAAUCUAUAUAAGGGUGUUAUUUCACUGCCUUAAAAUGUAAUGUAAGAUGUAUAAAUAGUAAUAAAAUAUACAGUAUAUUUAUUAAAUGAUGA